GAUAGCUUAAAGUAUGCCUUUCUGACUAAGACAUGCUUCCUUGCUUCCCUGAGUAGGAACGGACUCCUUUAUUCCUUGGGCCCGCGGUCUGCUCCCAACACCUUGCAGAUCGUCAAGUCCCACAUAUCCUGCACGCCCCCCGUGGUGUGGGGACUUCGUAGGAGGUUCGGGCUCCGGCCCAAAAAAAAAAUACCCGUUGCCCAUACAACGUAAAUUCCGCCACCCACCUUGAGACAUGAGUACAGUACAAAAUAGGGAUAAUCGAUAUUACAAAAACAUCAAUGUUGAUAUCGAUGUUAACAUAUAUCCGAUAACCGUUAAAAAUACGAGUAUAUUCAGUUGAAUUCGUGUUCAUCUUGCAAACGACUUUAAUGCUUUGUCUUCGAUACCGACCGUCGUAAUGAGAUAUCGUAACGGAUUGUCCUAAAAAUCUGAAAUCUUUGCUUCCCAAUCAGGAUUCUGUUUCCCAAUCAGGGACGUGCAAACGACAUUACUUUUUUUUAUGGGGUAUAUUUAAAAAGUAAAUGCCUCUAGUGCAGUUUUACAUUUACAGGCAAACAAACAGUUCGAACACAAGCGUAAUUAAAAAUCCAAGGUCAAGUCCGAGGCUACUUACUAAUGCAUCGGUUUUUUCAUUGUGCCUUUUACUUUAAUUACAUGCACGAUCGAUUUGUCUCUAAAAUCUUAAGUAUUUAAACUGAAACAUUCCAGCCUAAUUUGUAUUCGAAGAAGAAGAACACGCGAUGAAACAUCUAACGACGAUCGCUCUUGUAAUUAUUGUGUUAGUUGUGUGCGUGUCCGCCAUGCCGGACGAUGGUGGUAAAGGCGGCAAUACUAAAGGUGGAGUCACAGCGGCUGGUAAAGGUGGAGGGGGCGGUGGCAGCAGUAGUAGCAGCUCUAGCAGUAGUGAGAGCGAUGAAAGUGGAGAUGAUGGAGGAAACGGAGGAAAAGGUGGCGGAAAAGGCGGAAAAAAGGGCUGGUGACAAGACUUCUGGAGAUGAUAAACGUAAACAACAAUUAUGCUUAACAACUGAAAUAUUUAGUCCAAAGAUGUAAUAAUAAUGUUAAGUUUUAUUUUGUUAAAUUCAAGAUCUUAAAUAUAUAAUAACAGUAAAAUAAACAGCUGUUAGAGUUA